AUGCAUGGUUUGGAGACAGGUUUAAGCAGGUACUGUGUGAAGCUGAAAGCCUGAAAUGCCAUUGUGAGGCUGAUGGAGUGUUUUAUAUGGUUCUGCUUUCUUUUGUACUCGGCUCUCAGGUUACAAGACCCUGCUGAAAGGGAUCUCUGGGAAAUUCACCAGUGGCGGCCUGGUGGCCAUCAUGGGUCCCUCAGGAGCUGGGAAAUCUACCCUGAUGAAUAUUCUGGCCGGCUACAGGUGAGCCACAGGCCCGACACUUAACAACCAAGAGGUGUACAAGGUCGCUGAUAGACGAGUAACUUAUACUAACAAGAAUCACGCCACACCUACAGUUCUGGGCAUAAAAAGUUGUCAUUACAAAAUGCCUUGCUGCAGGUUGCUAUUACCUGGCUGUGACUCUCGCAGGGUGACGCCAAGCGCCAAGUUCAUUUGCAAUCAUUUAACAAUGUAUUUCUGUAUAUAUUCAAUUUCUAUUGUAUGUUUUCAUGUUUUGAACCGGUUAGUCGUCUUCCAAUUGAUGACCACUUUGGAAAUACAUGUUGUUCAUGUUGUUUACAUUAAUGUCUUAUCUGUUCUCUAUUGUUUCUAUUUCAAUUGUUCAUUUCUCUUUAAACCCAGAAAUAAAUCAAUUCUAUCAUAUGGAUCAAAUGCAUAACCCAGGUAUGGCUUUGCCCUCUGUCUGUAGGGAGACAGGGAUGAAGGGGGAGAUCUUGAUCAAUGGGCAGCCUCGUGACCUGCGCUCUUUCAGGAAGGUCUCGUGCUACAUCAUGCAGGAUGACAUGCUUCUGCCUCACCUCACAGUACAGGAAGCCAUGAUGGUAAUAAAAAACUAAUCAAUGUAACCUUUAUUUCUCUAGGUGUGGUCAGAAGACCUCUUUUACAAAGGAGACCUGGCCAAGAGGGCAGGUCAAUAGAUCAAACACAUUACAGUGCAUACACAAUGGAAAUUCAUGCUCCGGAAGUAA